AGUCGAACUAUCGGCAACGAAGACUUCAACAGACCGUGGGCAGACUACAAGAACGGUUUUGGUAACCCGUCGACUGGGGAUUUCUUUAUCGGAUUGGACGCUCUAUAUAAAUUAGCUCAAGGUAGAAAUGAACUGAGAAUCGACAUGCUGGACAAAAAUGGCAAACCAUACAGCGCUACAUACAGUUUCGGUAUCGACAACGAAGCCUCCAAGUACAGGCUCCAUGUUUCUGACUUCCGAGGCUCAGCCGGAGACAGCCUUAUCUACAACGACGGGAGUCAGUUCAGCACAUACGAUCAAGACAACGAUGAAUCCCGCAGCAACUGCGCCAGGGAUCGUGGCGGAGCCUUCUGGUUCAAGGAUUGCACAGGGUCGAGCCUCUUUGGUCGCUGGGGCGUAGACGGUGAAAACGGUGUUAUCUGGCCAACCAUAAGCACUACUGAAUCUCUCUCCUUCUUUGAGAUGAAAAUUCGAUAA